AUGACCCGCUCGCUUGCUCUCCUCGCCGCCCUCGCCGGCGCCGCCCUGGCAGCCGAUCACAGCCACACCUCGGUUGAUGUCCUGCUCUUCGGUUCCAGUGCAAACAACCUGGUCGCCUCCGUCGUCGACGCCGACUCGACCGCUACCACUCUCGCCAUCAACUGCGACCCCCGGGCCCGUUCCAGAGACUGCAAUCGCAGGGACACCUGGACCAUCGUUCAGGGCCCCAGGACCUUUUCGGGCCAUCUCGACCACAAAAUGCGAGAUGGCAACAACCGCGCCAACCGGGUCGAGGUCAGCUGUCAGCUCGAUCCCAACCGGAACACGGCCUCGUGCAACUAUGCCAACCAAAACCAGGCCAGCACCAUUUUGAACGACUACAUGAGAUACAUGACGCCCGUCAGAGUCACCGACGGCGCCGACAAGCUGAGGGCACAACGGCCUCCGCGCUUCCCUUCUGCGACCCGAUGGCCUGGCGACGACGACGACGAGUACCGAUCGAGGAAUGUCGCCGCACCCGCCGUCACUGCACCGGCAAUGCUGGCCGGUGCCGCCGCUGUUGUGGGCGCCCUCGUUCUGUAG